CCUCGUUCCCUCCCUUCCUCCCUUCUUGAUCCACAACCAUCUCCACGCUCCACCUAGAAAUUCCUCAAAUACCAUACCCAGCGCCACAGCAUCCACCCCCAACCUUCCAACAAAACCCAUCCUGACCCAGCGCGCACGAAAAAUCACGCCAUCCAUCCAUCUGCCUUCCAAUAAUCCCAUCCUGACACACAACAACCCACCAAAAUCCAAAAUGCACCUCCAAACCCUCCUCCUCGCCCUAGCCGCCACCCUCGCCGCCGCCGACCUGAUCGAAUACUGCCCCUUCGCGCAGGACAAGACGGGCAUGCUGCAGCACCCCUACUGCUGCGACAGCUACACGCCCUCGGCGGUGACCAACCUGGCGGUGGAGGGGAAUAACUGCCAACAACUCACCGAGCCGGUGGCCAAGUGUCCUAAUGGCUUGGGGGUGAAGUGUUGUUAUACUAUUAACCAGAAGUUUAUCUGUACGGCGGAUGGAGUGUUGGAGGAUGAUUAGAUGGGGUUUUCAUUUGGUGGAUGUAUGGUGGGGGGGUUGUGGUGAAUAGGGUCGGGGUUGAAUUGGGGGAUCAUUUGAAGGGGGGCGUUGGGUAAUGUGGUAUAAAAGUUCGCUGGAGGAGGCUGCUUGGAUGGAUUGAUGGUUCGGUUCGAAUGAGGUAUGAAGAAGAGAACCCUGGGCAGGCUGUUGUCUGUGAGGGUUGGAGACUCCCUUGACCGGCCGAUUGGAAUACAACUCGGGUGAAAUAAUUGACUUUCAUAUUGCUGGAAUUCAGUAGCCCUUCAAAUAUAAAAAAGAUUUAUUGAAGUUCU